AUGUUUGUUCCCUUGCCGGUGCCGUUCGUGUUUCAGAGAACUGCCCCUGACCUCAACGCCUGGCGUCUCAAGUCCCCUCUGGCUCUCCGCUCCAACUCCGGUAAGACAUUUUUCUCUCCUCUUCUUUCCUGCUAUACAUCCUCCAUGUCGGUCAGCCAUGCAGACCCGCCCCGCCUAGCUCGGUGCCGAUGCACUUGCAGCGGAGGAGAGCUGGUCGGCGCACACACCCACUUACACACGCAUACACACACGCACACACACACUCCUCCGGCUCGGUUGGAGAGGCUGUAGCAGAGUCCUUUACACGUGCGGGCAGGUUUUUCACAUCAAAGUCGCCUUCUUAAGCGCGCCGAAGCGUCCACACUAACAGAAAAUGAAUGCGUAAAACGUCCCUUUUUUUGGUGUCCAUUCUGUGGCACGAUGCGCCACUCUCUCCCAGCCGUGUCCUGCUUCAUUUCCAAGGCGCUUAUGCCCCUUUCUCCGAGCAUUUCUCUCUCCUCUCUCCGUCACCAUCCUUCCCCUCUCAACCACCGCCUGCGCCUGAGCCUCAGCCUCCGUCUCUCCCCAACUAGACUCUCGGCAGGCAGGGAAUAUUCAUGCCAACUUAUCGAUCCUGCGGAGAUCGAUUCCUGGGCCGGUGGAAGCAGAGAGAGGGGGAGAUAGAAGGAGAGAGAAGGUGCACGGUGGAGUAUGAACGUACGAGAGCAGUGGGAUGAAACACCGCUUUCCUGCUGUUUUAUUUUGUCUCUGGGUUUUAUUUUUGGUGUAUCAUCUCUUAAUGAGUCGGCUUUACGCCUGUCGAGAAUCUCUGACUUGCUUUGGUGGCUGCUUUUGCUCUGACUUACACGCUUGUUGGGGGGACAAGGCUCACAUCUUUGUAAACACCACUGAGGAAAAACAAGCCUUCCAGUGACUAUAUCUCUCUGUCCCAGUGCUGCUCCGCUUCUGCACGGUUGAAAGCAAGAGAAGCAAAGGGAGUGUGGAGUCAGAGAGGAGGGGGGGAGGAGGGUGCUGGCUGGGGCGCCGUCUGCGUUUCAUCUGCGCUGAAGCGGAAUAAAAGGACGCAUGGUGGGAGCAGCCAGGCUGGCUUCAGUGUGUCACUGACUGUCGUUACGCGAGAGCUCCAGUUCAGUCCAGCUUCAACUGUUUGUCAGACAUGCAACAGCUGCUCAGCCCUUUCCCCCCACUACAUCUUUGGAGAGGGAAGGAUGCGUCUGCUUUAAUGUCUUUUCUGUCCUCUGUGUGCUCACUGAAGGACUGCAAAGUAUGGGGCAACGGGAGGAAAUGCCAUAUGGGGUCAAUGGGCCUUUAUUUCUGUCAUAUUUCACUGUCAGAGUUCUUCACUAAAGCAUAUUCACACAGCAACUUGCAUCAGGGCAUAAUGAUGCAUAAAUGUGGCUGGUGUGCACAUUAGCUGUGGAUGGGCUCUUAAAGGGCCAGGUACUCUACCCCCUUCAGCGCACAGCUCUCCUCUCAUUUCCAGACCAAGUUCAAGCCCAUUUCGAUUCCUGAGAUGCCAAGCGUCAUUGUUAUACUCCACAUACUCUGUCAUUGGUGCAUGGCACAUGGCAGUGAAGGGAAAGGUGAUAGAGGAGGAAGAAGAGGGAGUAUAGAAGGAUGAGAAGAACCUGUUACCCACCAUAUCUCUGGAGAUAUGCACACAGAGGAGAGAGGGCUUGGAGCGAGGACGAAGGGGGAGGAGGAGUUUUUCGUUGAAAAAUGGCGAAUGUCAGAAUGAGAUAAAAAAAAUGUGGAAGGAGAGAGAGAGAAGUGGGUGAAAGUAAGAGUAGAUGACAGAGUGAAAAACGAGGGGGGGAAGGAAAACCCAGUUUGAGCUUGAGAGGUGAGAGUAAACUGAGGAUGAGCCAUUAUGUUGCAGCAUCCCAGACCAGGGCCAGCAUCUGAAUAAGCAGGCAAACUGAUGGGAUGUGUACACAGGCUGCUCGAGUCCUUAGAUCGGGGGGAUAACAGUGAUUCACAACGCUAUGCUGAUUUUAUUCCAUGUUGAUAACGCUGUACAAGGUGCUGUCCUUUUCAUACUCAGGGUUUGUCGCUAAAUGGAUGCAGGGUCAUCUGGAGACCUCGGCACUGAAACAGAAAGUUUUUUCCCUGAGAAACACAAAACAAGGCCGACAAACCUGCGUCUGCGCGAACUUGUUGUAUAGUUCAUGAGCUCCAAUCUGUGCUCUUCAAACCGUCACUGGUAGUUCACACACACAUACGCUCAGGUUUUGUGGGGAACUGUAGGACUCUUGACUCAAGCUCUCUGUUAACUUUCCUCUUUGACUGGCCGCAGAUCCUUGACUCCCUCGAGUUUGAGAUCCUUACAGGGUCAGAGGUCACAUCAGAAGUGUUUGACUCAGCCCCACCUGACCCCUCUCUGCCCCCUGUGUUUUCAUUCUCUUUCAUGUUACAACAGGCCUCAAGCACUCAUGCACAACCCCUGUGGGGGCUCUUUUCCCCCUCUCUCUCUCUCACACACACACACAUAUGUACACAUCAUCAUGAAACACACAGACCAUCAUAUGGCAUAAAACAAGCAUGUUAGACCGUUUUCCACCUGGGUAGAAAGCUGCUCUAACUGAUCCAGGUUUGUUCUAUUUUUAAUGGCAUUGUGUCUGUGAAGGUACAGGUCAGGGCCUCUGCUAUGUGAACUAUGUGUGUGUGUGUGUUUGUGUGUGCAGUAAAGUGGUUUGUGAAGCCAUCAGCAUUAACUGUUAUAUGAAAGUUUAAUGGGACAUAGAGGAGAAACCGCAGGUUUCCCACACAGCGCAGGGUUUGAUAUGAUAUGAUAUGAUGGGACAUCAAGGAGACUGGAGACUGCUUUUUCUUUCCUUUCUCUCUGUUACACACUCACACACAAACACACACACACACAAACACACAUUCAGUUCAUCCUAGCUAUGCACCUUCUGUCACACACCAUUAGCCACCAUCUUCUACAAUACAUGUAUGAUUCCCUCUACACACAUACUCUGAUUUUAGUCUUGCUUUGUGUCUGGCCCUGAUUCUUGGAAAGACUGUGAUUAUGAAACAGAUAUCGGCGUUUUUUUCCUCAUAACUUUUUCUGAUAAUGUCUCCAACUGUUUGUUUUGAUCAAAUGUCUUCAGUCUCAAUGGUUACAGUUACAUGUCUGUGCCUCUAAGCUACUUUCUAGACAUUUUCUUCAUGUUUGUCGGGCGCUGGCACAAGUCACAUGAGACAAGGCGUGUGUUUAACCAUUUGCAGAAAGAGAAACAGUAUAUAUAUUUUUGUGUGUGUACGUGUGCGCACAAGUAUGAGCACGUGUGCGAACUAGUGUGUGUGGGUAUAGAUCGGUUUGUGGAGGGGAGCGUGCAAGUCGCAGUGUUAACAUGAUUGCAAAUGACAAAAUGUCAACCUGGGUUUGUUAGCAACAUAAUGGGGAAUCAAUAGACACGAGAAAGAUGUCAAUACUACAUGCUUUAUUGCAUUAAGCUACCUCUCUCCUUCUCUGUAGGCCUCUCUCUUCCUCUCUCUCUCUCCUCUUCUUCUCCCUCCCUCUCCCUCCUGCUCUCUGUCACAAUACAAUUCUCUCUCCCUCCUCUCCUCUCCCAGUGGCUGUAGAAUUAGAUUGCAGUAUAUGAGGCAGCCACAGGGCUCUGAAUGCAGCAGGCCAACGGCAGAAUGCUUCAGGAGCUAAUGGGUUCAGUUAUUUGCGUAGAUUAGACAACAUAGAUGCCCCCCGACACAGAGACGUCUUAUGGUUAUGUGAAGCUUUCAUGCUAUAUAAAGCAGCAGAAGUGAAUUUCAAAACCUUCUCUAAGAGAGUUGUUGAAAAUAUUGUAGGAUUUUAUAAAGCUGGUACGGUGACAGACUCUUGUUAUUCUGUUUUUCACUGGCACAUAGAAUUAGGGAUUAAACCUGCUUAAACUGUGUGUUUAAAUUUCUUUUAAUCCUAUUAAGUCUUUGCCUUUUUUAGUGGAUUUUCACAGAUGUGUUUAUAAGCCAGUGUUUCGUAUUUAUAUAUAGUGUAAAGUGUACUUAUGAGUGUGUGUUUGUGUGCAUUAAUGUGUGUGUGUUGACUGGGACUAAUGUAGUAUUAAUGCUGAUGAGGUCCCGCAGCUCAUUAGCAACAGUGAGAGUGGUAUUGAGUUUCUCCUGGGGAACAGGACGCACUACCACGUAUACAGCACAUCAUUAUCAGCCAUUAUCGUAUUAAUAACUUCCACCACACAGCCACUAAACACACACACACACAUCCUCGCCAAACAAUGACCUUUACCCACACGCUGUAAGAUAUGCAUACUCCAACAAAGACACUUACGAGGAUACAGCAGGAAAAAUCAUGCAAAUGUGGUCAUCUUUUGUGUAUUAUUAUUUUAAAAUAUGUUUGUACACAAUUUUUCUGAUUACAUUGGCGUGCAAAAACAAGGACUCAUACACACGGAGGAAUAAUUUUGUGUGCUCGCUUGCCUGCUGUGUUGUCCAGUGAAAUACAACCCAGCAUUAGUGCUAAUCAGAGGCCGGGUGAGGAGGCCACUUAAUCAGACCUAUCACCUGGAGAACACACACAGAUGGAUAGAGUGUGUGUGUGCAUGUGUGGGUAAGUGUGCACAUGCAGUUAAUCAACACAUCAGCUAGAAUAAACACAUACAAAACACCCAACUCCAUUCUGGGUAUUGAUUUAUACCUUUGUCUGUGUUUUCCCCCCUCUCUCGCCCUCUUUUUCAGUAACAUACAAGAGACGUACAUACUGAGAACUCAAGCGCACUUGACCCCUACAUGGGGGACAUCCUGUUGUGUGAAUGUGGAGGCUCGGUCAGUGGUGGACCAGCUGUGAUCAGGGCUCGAGUGGGCUUCUCAACAUGCCGCCAAUCACCCCCAUCAGGCUAGGCAGUCAAAUCAAGCUUUUGAACCCCAGCAGAGAAUAUCCAUCACUUGAUUAGCUGAUUUUAUCGUUUUUGUUUUUUUUUUCAACAGAUUGCCAUAUUUAUUCAAUAGAUAACAACUUAAACUCCCACUUUCCCUUUAUACUAUUUUUUUCCUUGCUGUGUCUGGACAGUCUGUUUUCCACGAUGGCUGGAGCCUCAUAAACACACCAACAAUGUGUUUUCUCCAGCCGCUGUCUUUUUGUAUUGUUGAUUGCCGCAGGCUGUCACCUCUGGCACCCUACUCAUGUGCCAGUACAUUUAGAUAAUAAAAAAGACCAAUAAAAUCCAGAGGUUUGAUUGGGUGUCUCCCCUUAGCACCACAUGAGCGGAGGACUAAAUCAGGGGUCCCUCUCUCCAUUUCAUUUAGCUGAUAAGAUUUAUGGUAAUGAAGGGGUCCUAUUAACCUCUGGGGUUCCACUGCUGUCCUUCACACUGAGGCUGGAUGAGAGUGCUCGCAGAGCGGGGAGCGUGGAGGCGAAGGCAGUGAACAUGUUGGCUAUAAGCAAUGUCAUCGAAAAUGCACCCUCUGGAGCUCUAACACACACUCAAACACAUAUUGUCACAUACAUAACAGAGGCUCUCCGAAAGCAGUUCAGCCCUCUGAGAUACCUGAACACUCGUCUAAUCUCCAAUCUCCCUUCUGUAUUUUUCUUCCUUUGCAUUUUUUCCUCCAUCCUUCCUGCUCUCCAUACUUUUCCACAGCAAGAGCACUCUAUUUUAAAAUUAAGCUGUUGUACUCCAACACUUUUACUCCCUCACUUAUUCCCUUGUGCAUCCUGUCCUUUGCCUUUAUUUUGCAAAUGCAUAGUUGCUUUUUUUAUUUACUGAUUUUCAAAAGCAAAAGUUGAGAAAAUGUCACAUAUAGUUAAAAGAAUAAAUUAACAAGCAUAAUCCAACAGAUAUUUUUGAUGUCUACAUUAAAAUCCAAGUACACUUUUGUUUUUGUAUACAUGCAGCAUUAUUCACUGUUUAGAUGUCAAUAGUCGGGGUAAAAAGAGGAGUUGGGGUUGACAGAAGGAGGCGUAACCCCUCCUUUUUCUGUACAAGAGCUGCACCCCUCUGUCCCUUUGUCUGCUUGUAAAGGGGACAAGGGAGGAGGCGCAGAGCUGGGGGCGCUGAAGGAGUGACUAAGUGACCUCUCUCUCCCCUUUCUUUUGACGCUCUCAUGUUCUGUCCAUUUUGUCGUGCACGUCCCUCUCCCUCCCUCCUCUUUCAUCCUCUUUCGUUCCCCCUUUUUUCAGCCUGGUUAAGUCGCCAUGGCUGUUUGCCUCAUGUGUCUGUCCUCUCUCUCUCUCUCUCUCUCUCUCUCUUUCUCUCUCUCCCUCUCUUUCUCCCCCUGCAUCUUUGGCAGCAGCAGCCAGGUUGCCAAAGUGUCUGUAGGACACAUUAAGGCCCAUAAAAGCAUAGUCUGCGGCCGCACUCUUAACCACCAGUCAGAGGUAGUGUACAAAAGUGACUUUAAAUGAGUCUGUGAUUACCCUGGAACAUGGAGAGUCACUGAAGUGGCCAAGAGAGUGUGAGACAAGGCUGCAGCGUCGGAAAGAGGUGACGGGAGAGAGCGCCUCUUGGAUGCUUCAUGAGUCUCUUAAGGAAAAUUGAACUGAAACGAAUAUUUGUUUCUCCCUCUGCUAAAAGCUAUAAAGGCUACCUGAGUGGAACAAGCAACAAAAAGUUGUAACCCAAAUUUCCUGCCACCCACCCCCUCUUCUCCACAACCUGCACGCCCCUCCUCUCUCCCCAUCUCCCCUCUUCCUAAUUGGCCACAUGCUGCCUUGAGUGACAAGUGUAAUCAUCAGUCAAAUUAUGAUGGUGGGGAGGUAGAGGGAGGUGGAGGAGGAAGAGAGGAACAGCAGAAGGUUGGGGGGGGGGGUUAAAGGAAGUGCUUUGAUCAGAGAUAGAGAGAGGGUGAGCAGGCAAACAGCCUGAGCUACAAGGAAACCUGCUGUCCACACACCUGCUGCUGCAGAGAUGGGCGACAUGAGCCCUCAGACCUGAGUGUGCUGUGGGACGUCACCGACAGGUUUUAAGAGAAAUAUGUAACUGGGAUUUUAAUGAGGGUCUUCUCGAACUUCAGCUUAGAUCUUUGUUUUCAUUUCAACUUGAACAGCUCGACAAAAAAAACCUCCACUCAGCCUUCAUUACAACAGCAACACACAGGAGAACAAUGAAAUCAGUGGGUGUGGUACCAGCAUGCUCUUUGAUUCUCACUUGGGCACACCAGGCCAAGUCCGUGUUAUAUUUGGAUGUACUUUGUUAGCGAGAGCAGAUGUUAGCUCUCCAGCCAGCUAACGAGGUUUACAGUAAUUAGGAGUGCUGAUGAAGCGCUUUGAUUCUCCGGCUGUGGCGGCCCUCUCAUUAGCGGCUAUAGCUAGCUAGCGCUGCAGCAGGCGCUCCAGUCACAUCCUAUUAGGCGGCUCAAUGUACACUCUGAAUUAGGAGCAGGAGAUUAAGUGGAGAUGAAAACUGUCUGCGUACACACACACACACACUCACACAGAUAAAUGCACACACAUGCAUACACACACAUAAAUUCAGACUGUUUUAAAAAGCAAAGUCCACGUACACUCACUGCUAUAAUGAGGUUAGUGGAAGAAAAUUCCUCCUCUGGAUCGACCCUAACAUUUUAUAAGAUGCUAAUAGGAAGCAGUUAUGCAGUGACCACAAAUCUCCCUUGAACUUCUACAUGUGCCAAAAGCAGAGUUUGAAUAAAAUGAGUUUGUGUGAAAGUGCAUGUAAGAAAAAAAGCGGAAUAUAAAGUAAGUUUUCUCAAGUGUUUAUGCAUGAAGCUCUUAGUGUUUAACCCAAGAUAGUGAAUACGUCCUUGUGUUUCUACAAAUUAAAGCAAACAAAAAAAAAGACAGCCUUGAAAAUACUCCAGCACCUUUUCAUCCGUGAUGUUUCUUCCCUUUCGCUGUUCUCAAUACUCUCUACAUGCCUCUCUCUCCCUCCUUCUCUGUGUCUCUCUUGUCGUCUUUUGUGUGAUGGAGUGAUUAUUGAGGACGUGGCUCCUGUGUUUAACGCUGGUUGAUGAAGUCUGCCUUUGUCUGUCUGCGCUAACCUGUCGCAAACGGGACACCGCUUAUAGCAAAAUCAAUACACAGAGUGGAAGAGGAGAGGGAGAGAGAAGGAGAGAGAGAGAGGAGGGGAGAGAGGCCUGGCAAAGGGAGGAAAAGAAAAGACAAAAAAUAAAAGAAAGAGGAAGAGGGUGAAGGGCGCUAAGAGAGAGAGAGGCGCAAAGAUGGAGAAAAAAAGAAGAGGAAGAUGAAAAGAAAUUUAAAUACUUGACUCUAAUAAUGUGUUGAAAGGCUGGUGUCACUGAGUGUGUGUGUGUGUUUGUCUGUGUGUGUGUAAAUCAGGACAUUUAUAUGUAUAUGUUUGUCUUGCCUGUGCGUGGCCUUGACCGAGGGGCGGUUGUAUCGCUUGUGAUGUGUGUGCAUGUGAUUGUUUAAGUGCGUAUACACACAGCAGAAUGGGGCGGCCUCUAUCUGUGUGUGACAAUCUUUGUGUGUGUGUGUGUGUGUGUGUGUGUGUGUGUGUGUGUGUGUGUGUGUGUGUGUGUGUGUGUGAGAGCGCUUCGUUUGCCUCCCUUCCCCAGAGUCGAAGCCGGCGUGAAGAGUAGGGACAAGCGACAGAGGGACAAGGAGAAGGACAGAGGAAGAGAGGAUGGGGAGAGAGAGAGAGAGGUGUAGUAAGGGGGGUGAGGAGAAGCAGGGGGAGGAGGAGGUGGAGGUGGGGGGGCAGUUGUGUGAGAGAGGCACAGCUGGGAAAUGAGAAAUGCAACCCCCCCUACUUCCCUGUAUACCACCACCUUACACUCACACAUACGGCGCACACACACACACACACACGAUCCCCAUCUCUUUAUCCUCCCCUCAGGAAAGUAGGGGUGGAGGUGGAGGUAGAGGGGGGUGAAGGGAGAGGGAAGGGAGGGGUAAAGGGGGAUAGGAAGAGAUGGAGAAGGGGACAGAUAGGGGCAUUAAAAUUCAUGGCCUCUUUUUUUUAUUUUCCCUGCUGAAAAUCAAUAGUGUUUACUAUGAAUGAGUGGAACAGUGGACAACAGUGGUGCCGGGGGGACAGAGAGAGAGACAGAGGGGAGGAGGAGGAGGAAAAGAAGGCGGAAGAAAAGAGAGAGAGAGAGAGAAAAAAAGGGUAGGGAAGGAGAGGUAAAGAGGAGGAGGGGGGACUUUAUUGCGAUAGGCAGAAGCACCAGAGGCCAAGGUUAAAGACCAGCAGGGCAGAGAAGCAGAGAGAGAUAGAGGCACUAAGUAAAUCCAGUUGUCUUCUAAAACAGACAUACAGCCCUGUAAAUGCAUAUUUACUAUUCGCCAUCAUAAGAAAGUCAUCCAAUAUAAAUCAUAAUCCGCUCUGCUGUUGGAUCAACUGUUUGACUGUCUUUGCUUUCAAAACUUCCCAUUCCUUUUCCCUCGCUUCAGCCGACUCCACCUCUCAAAAAGUGUAUGUGUGUGUUUUUUGUGUGUUAAUUGGCAGCGGACAAACCCCACUGCCACGGUUUUUCGCAAACAACCAGCACACACACACAUAAACAAACACAAAAUCCAGACAAGUUCACAUCACACUGAGUUGUUCAGCGACCCUGACCCUGUUUCCUGCUGCCAAAAGCCUAGAAGUUCAGGAUGACUUACCAGUGCUUUGAUUAAGCACUGCCAGUGUGUCUCACACCGCUUGAUCAAAGAAGAAAAAUGUUUUUUUUUUCCAGCUUCUUUCUCCUUUUACUGGAUGCAGGCCCUACAUGUUUCAUAGCAAUCAAAGCGUUUAAAGCGGUUUUGCCAUUUUUCAACUGGCAAAAAGCGGUCAGUAACUAGAAAAUAGAACAUUUAAGGAUGCCAAACACGACUUCUAUGUCAAAGACAAUUUUUUGUUUUUCUCUCUUUUCCCCAAAAUAUACUGUUCUCUCGUCGUUGCUGUGUAUUUUCUUUCGUUUCUACAUGUAUGUUAUCAAAUUCUCACCAUGGGAUCUGCGUCUGAGGCUUUUUGAGUUCAGCUGCAGAAGUGCGUAUGUGCCAGCACGCAGCUGAGCAUGGCUAUCUCUUGCAUAUAAGCCCCCCUGUCAUUGCGCAGACGUUGGUGUGUUCCUGCAUGUCGUGCAUGUAGAUGUGUGUGUGUAUGAGUGAGCUGUGCAGGGGGUGAUAUAUAUUCAGGCAGCUCAUGCAUUAUGGAGAGUGUAGGUGAGAGUGUCUAAAUGUGAACUGCUGGUAUGUGGAGGGUUCAGGGCCAAUCUCACCAAAGCCUUUUGUAUUCGCAUAGCAUCUCCAUUUCAAAUCCGCCUGUCAAAAGCCGGCAGCAUGUUUUAUUCAGCAACAGAUAUUGAUCACAUAUUAUGCAUACAUACCAAAUCUAUAUUGCAUGCCAAAUCCAAGCCUUUGAUAUGUAGAUUUUGUUGCUUUUGGAAUAUGGUGUAUGCAGAAUUGAGGUGUUUGUUAUGUGCAUAAACUUUGCAAAAGCUUUGGUGAUGCAAAAUAUACUUUUGUUUUUCUGCAGCUGCUGGUUUUUUUGAUGUGGUGAUUGUAUGCAGUCAUGUUGAUCAGGCGUUUAAAGUUUGGAGCUAGGGAUGACUUGUUUACCAGAUCAAGGAGCGAGGACAGAGGUAGGCAGAGUGCUUCCAUUCAGCUGCCGUGUGUGGACACUGCAUUGUCUGCAGGGAUGGGGAGAGUUUGCCGAGGUCAGAAUAGCAUGGCAGUUCUUUCCUUUGGGCUCAGGCGUGUGUGUUCAUUACUCCGACGCCUCAAAAGACCAAAGUGCGAGUUGUGUGCUAACUUCAAUUUCUCAACCCACUUACAGAGCUUCUAGCUUCUUGCUCCAAAUGACCUCCAAGCAGCCAUAUACAUUAACAGCCAACAUUUCACUACAGCAGCCUCUCUUUGUCCAUCAACAUGUUUUUCCAUCAAUAGUUCUCCAUGUGUUAAAACGGGAGACCCGAGGCCAUCUCUGCCUUUCUAUCAUGUGCCCGUUUUUACCAUCACGCCGCACCGGGGCCGCACUAAAUCUCCCUUCUCUAAAUGACUGGAGUGGAUAAGAGGUCACAGUAUAUAUGGGGGAGGAGGACAAUGCAGGCUUUAGCUGUGAUGGAGCUCGCUUUUUCACCCUUUAUGAGCAGAGGUGAAUAAGUGGGACACCAGAAAUGGUAAACGCCGGUUUUGUCCGGGAAUUUUCUCCACCACAUGACUUUGUUCUCACUGCAGAUGAAUUCAGUGUCUCAUUAGAUAUCACUCUUGUACCUCUCGAAUUUUUUCAACCAUCUUGACCACCCCUCUCUCUCUCUCUCUCUCUCUCUCUCAGUACUCUGUUCCCUUAGCGACCGUUUCCAAGGUGCCCAUUCCCAAGGGCUGGAGGAGGGGUCCAGUGAUGUCAUGCAUGCAUAUCUCUACACCUGUAAUUCAUGUCCUGUUCUACCUUCCCCUCCAUCUCUGUCACAUGUAUUCUUUAUUUACCACUUCCUUCUUAUAUUUUAAUCCCUUUUUUUUUUCAUUUUCGGCCCUACGCUCAAACCCCUUUUGCCCACUUUACCAUCUCACCUUCCUCUGUGGCAUUAUUACGCCUCCAAAAACUGCUUCUCCAGCAUCUUUUCCGCCAGAGUACAAUCCACUUUUGCUUCAGAAGCACUUCGGUUUGUUCUAGAUUAUUUUGUUUAAACUUUAAGUAAUGUUAGUGUUUCAUUUUAACAGUUCAGGAACAGUGAAGCUUCUCUUUUCACCGGCUGUUAAGAGACAGACAGUUGAGCCGCCCUCUGUCCACAGUAUACAUGGCUCUCUACAUCUGCUCCAUGUUUAAAAGGUCAUUUGUCAAACCUGACAUUUUCUGCCCUUACCAAAGGUUUCCUCAAUAUCCAGCCCGGCUCUCCCAUUCAGACUUUAUGCUUUUUCAUUUAUUUAUUUGCCUGGUAUAAACCUUUUCUGACAAUACGUUCCUCUUCGGUGUCAAAAGUUAUCAAGAGUGUGGGUGGCUGAAUUCUAUCAUCAUGUAAUGUUCAAUAAACUAAAGAAAGACAGAUGUGGUCCCCUGUGCUGGUGCGCGUGUAAAUGUACAGUAUGUGUGUGUGUGCUUGUGCGCGUGCGUGUGUGUGUGUCUGUGUUGCCGGGGUAAUGAUGCCAAGAGUUCUAUGAGAUGUAAGUUGCAACAGGAAGUAGAGUGGGUGGGCACUUGCACAUACACUCAAAGGGGUCUGAUUGGGGAUUAAUGCGUGUGCAUGUGACAGUGAGCUUGUGUGUGUGUGUGUGUGUGUGUGUGUGUGUGUGUGUGUGUGUGUGUGUGUGUGUGUGUGUGUGUGUGUGUGUAGACCAGCAGGAUGUUUUUACUCAGCACAGGUUGUCACUCUGCUGUUUCCCCCCAUGCCCCUUUUGUUCCAGCUCUAUUCCACCAUUUUGGUUUUUGUCCCGGACAAAAAGAGGCCCCAGAGCAAGGCCCCCUACCUGAACACUGCCUCCCUCCUGAUAUUUUUCAAAGCGCCCCCCCUCAAACACACACUCUGCCCCUCGUUUGUCUCAGCUCCUUUUUCUUAUGGCGCUCUCUCUCAAAUUCAAAAUAGCCCGCUGUCGAAGAAUAAUAAAGUCACACCCUAAAGCAUUUUUAAAAUGCUUUACAGUUUGUGUUUUAAAUCACAAUGUAUGAAAGAAAACACAAACAGCAACAGCAAAAAAAGAUAAGAAAUAAGAGGGGAAGUAGGAAAAAAUAAACAAAACAGUGAAAUUUUGUGUAAAUUUUAUCCUUUUUAGGCUUCAUUUUUUAAUUUUUGUAGCAUUAGUUAAAAGUUUUUGAGAAAUUUCUUUUGAUCUGGUUCUUUGUUUUAAAUCAACAAAACAGUGAAAUUUUGUGUAUUUUUUUAUCCUUUUAAAGCUUCAUUUUUUAUUUUGAAUUUUUGAAGCAUUUCUUUUUUCUUUUGGUCUGAUUCUUUUUUUCUUUUCAUCAACAAAACAGUGAAAUUUUGUGUGUUUUUCAUGCUUUUUAGGCUCUAUUUUUAAUUUUUGUAGCUUUUUUUUUUCAAGUUUUUAAAAAAUUUCUUUUUUUUUUACUCUUUGAUAACAACCAAAGUUUAAUUUUGGCUCUGUCUGUAUUGUGUGAACAGCAUCUCCACGCCUUGACAUAAACUCGGCCCUGAAAGACUUUAGAUCGCCUUUUUCCACGAUCUCCCACUCAGACUCAUGAGCUCAAAUCUUAUCAUGUCUUACCGCCUUCCUCCAGAUUGUAAAUCAAAUAAACUUUGAAAAUCUGAUUGAUUAUCAUCGUUUUAUAGCUUCUGGAUUGAUUGAUAUCUGCAAAGACAAGUGAAAGCAAAACCAUUACCCCCUGUUAGAAAACAGCUAACAUUGGCAUGCAGACACUUCCGGGCAAACAUGAACAUUAGAGGACACUUGAAUAUGAAAGGAAGCGUUUGUAAGCUCCAGUCAUGAGUUUUAGGCUAAAUACAGAUGCUGCUUAUUUACCUAGAAAAGCACAUAAAGCCAAACAUAGUAGAUUGAAAGUUUCAGUAUGAUUGUCCAGACUUUGCUCGACAUCACUCAAACUUCUCAUCCUGAGAGUUUCGUGACCAGACAAAAGUACCUGUGAGAAUCGAAGUGAGUUCAACUUUUUCAGCGUGUGAGCAACUUCUGGGGAAACCAGCAGUUCUCUUGACAUCAGUGAUCUCUGUACCCUUUGCCCCAGUCUGUUUUUGUCUGGGUUGCCAGGUUUGUCUCUGUUCCUCCCAGUCCCGGCGGUCAGGAUGUGGUCACUCAGUGUGUAUUAAGUUAAUGUCUCCCUCUGCUUAGCUGUGUGCUGUGGUGAUGGGAAGGCUCUGGUGGGCUUGUUGAAUGAACUCUGUGGUCGUGCUGACAAAUCAAUGAUAAAGAGUAAUGACAUCAACGAUGUAAUGUAUCUCUCCGUGCUUUCAUUGACUCCCUGUGUCCCCCGAAACUCCCCUUUCAACAUUUAUGCCACCCCGGGUGUUUGAACUUCACUUAAAACUAUAAACUCUCUUUCUAUCUCUUUAUGUUUGUCAUUAUAUGUAUCUUUUACUCCCGUCGUUUGUUUCUCUCUAUUGGUCUGUCUAUCGUCUAACUCCCUCUCUCUCCCCCUCUCUCUCCCUCCCUCCCUCCCUCUCUCUGUAUUGAUCCAGUCAUAGUUUUCUCAGUCUUCACAGUACUGGGCCGCUCUAAUCAAUACAGAUAAUUGUCUGCUCUCUCUCGAUGCCAAACAUAGUCUCCCCUUCUCCCCUCACCCUCCCUCCCUCCCUUUUUAUCAAUGAACCCCGGUCUUCCCUCACCCCUCCUCACCCACCUCACCCCCCACCCCACCUCCAGACAGGGAUUCCCCCUCCCCUAAUGACGGGAGAUAACCUGCUUUCUUUACCGAUUUUCUCCCACCUGCCCUCCCCCACGCACAUCUCUGCCUCGCCCGCUGCCUCCCUUUCCUCCCUCGUUCAUCGAUUACCGUGAGAGUCAGGGCUCGGCCCGCCCGCCCUACAGAUGUAAACACACACAGCGCUCGUGUUGUGGUUUAGUUGUAGUUCGACCGCUGCUCAUGUGCGGGCCUUUUGGUUAAUCAGCGGGAUUUAGUGUUUUUCACCUGAUUUCAGACGCGCUCUUUAGAGACUGAGAGUCAUGAUCAUUUGUAGGAUGGCGUCGCACAUGCUCCAUCGCCAUCACUCUUGUUCCCAGGCAUUUUUGAUCAGUGCAGGAUCCCAAUCCAGAUUCUGCUUGAUCCAUUUCAAUCCUACAUCUGGAAAGUUUGUUUACUGACAAAACUUAAGAGCCUUUGACGGGAUGGUUUAUGUUCUUUAAGCUGAGUUGGGUGAAACGUGUCAAUCGUGAGUGUCAUACCCAAAGGGGGAUCCAAAGGUGGAGAACCAGUAUGGUAGCAAGGGUAUCAACUACUUUCAGAAAGUCCAACCCUAGCAGUAACAUCUGAAGUAUGUAAGUUUAUGUUUUAUUUAGGUGUUCCUCCACCUGCAGCGCACUGAUCAGCUUUUGAGGUCUGCAAGCUUCAAAAGAGAGAAAUACAACCAAACUUAAAAAAUAGAGUAAAUCUGGCAUUCGUGACUAUGACAUGCUGUUUAUCGACAUUUUACACGACAUUUUGUAUAUUUCGUCUUUUUAGAUAUUUGCCUCUGUGGGCUUAAAGAUCUGGAUGGUGUUUUAAACAUGACAUCCUUAGACUCUGGAUUCAAGCUCGACAAAAGCAAUCCUCUUACAGGAAAAGGUGAAACCCAGGAAAAGCAACAGAAGAAGGAUUUCUUCUUUCAGGAUGGACAGGGGUUUAAUAAGUGCUUUGUAUACAGAGAAAACAGAAGGAGUCAGAUUAGAAUACCAGUAAGAAGACACAGAAUACAAAUAAGGUAGCCAACAAAUCAAGUAAAUAUUAAGUGUAACAAAAGCGAGGGUAAAAUGUAAAAGAGUGAAGUCUGCAGCGGGUAAACCAAUGUCCACAGUUGGACCCAGAGCAGCAUUCAUAUUCUGUUUCUACAUAUAAAAUCCUGCGUGUUUAAUAAUGCAUCCAGCCAACAAGGCAGGUUAUAGGCCUGGAGGUUAUUGUGCCAGUGUGUGUGCAUGUGUGCAUGGUGUGUUUGUAUUCUUGUAUGAAUCGGACGUGUUUCCAGCAUCCAGCAGAAGUCUCUGAUGUAUACUCUAUCACUGAACUCAAUCUGAAGCCCUGCGUAAACCACACAGGCAAUAUCAAUGACAAUAUAUAUACAGUAUAUGUAUCCUAUGUUUACACAAAUAUCUCAUAUCCACUCACAUCUGCUGCUGCUGAUAGCCGAGGCAAUGCUGUGUUUCUGUUUGGUCUUUACCACAAGAGGAGUAAGUGAGAUGGAGUUUGAGAGGGGAAGAAGCCUUUUCGAUCACGGUGCCUGUGGAAAAAUAAAGUGAUUUCCUGCAUUAUGGGAAAAGAGAAGAUAGCAGGAGCAAAUCAUUUGUAUUUGAAUUGCAAGGGUGUAUUGGAGUUGUGCGAAUAUGUUUGUGCGUCGGUGGUUUAUCUGUAUAUGAUUGCAUGCAUGUGUGUGUGUGUGUUUGCUUUUUUGUUUUGGCGCACGGUUGCGAGUGCGUGUGCACAUCUGAGACAAAUAGAGAGAGUCUGGAGGCUAGGCUCAGGUUUACACGUGUGUGAUCAGACUAAGCAGGGCUUAAAAGGGCCAGCAGCAGGAUGGAGAGGAGAAAAGAGGGGUGGAGGUAGGUGAAGAGGAGGAAGAAAGGAGAAGGGGGGGUAUUGUCCUGGGGGGUGGGUUUUAAGUCUGACGGGAGACAGCAGGGAUCCUCCUCGCCCCAUGGGAGUUGAACCUGCAACCCCCUAGCCUUACUCUAGCCCUCUGGUCAUGGACUUGAACCCCGUAACCCCCUGAUGGACAAUCUGUUCUUCUCCCCAGCCUGGCUGCAGUGCUGUGCAUGCCAUUAACGGAUAAAUAGGCUGUCCAUGUGUUUGUGUGUGUGCGUGCGUGCGUGGACACAUAUGAGUCAAGUGUUUGGUCAGUUGGCCCUGGCUUUGACGUUGGGUCUUGCCCCCUUUUUAUUUGCGGCUUGUCAAACAGACAGGAUGAAAAAAAAGCCUGAAGCGCUUUUUGAUUUGCUAUUUUAACUCGGAGGAACUUGUCCACUUUUGAUUAGAUUUCUACAUCUGUUGGAUGAUUUUUCUUUAUAUUUAUGAUCUUCGAAACAGCGGUCAGUGCGGAUCUUUUCGGUUCUCUCUCUGUCUCUUCCAGCUCUCCUGGUGUCCCUCUAACGAGGACAGAAGCAGGGAGGUUUAUGCACGCUCGAACCCGCCUCAUUCUUCACCUGUCAACAAAGUCAUUCUCACCUCGGGAAAAAUGGAGACAAAGCAGGGGAGGAGGACAGGACAGGGGACAGUUUGUGAGAAAAGGAGGAAGAGAAGAUGGAAAGAUAAGGAGGGAGAGAAAAGGAGAAGGGCUGUUAUAAUCCUCCUGGCUAUUUUUCUUUGCUCUCUCCUUUAUUUCUCCAUUUUCCCUUGUUUGUGUUUGUGGGCUCUGCUUAUCAGAUCCCUGCUCCAUUCAGAGCCUCAGUCAGGAAGAAUCCAGGCACCUCCAUCUCUCUUUCAUUCAGUCGCUCUUCCUCUCUUGCUUUCCUCAUUCUCUCUCCUAACCUUUGAGAAUAAGAGCCUUGAAUUUGAAUUUCAGAGCAAGCUAGCGAGCAAGAGUCGGGUUUGGGAAGAGGAGGAGGAGGAAGACGAGAAGGAGGAGGAGGAGGGGGGGCGGUGUGCGCUGAGAGGUGAGGAGGGGUGGGUUGUUUGAGCCGUGGUCGUUGCAGAAGGGCCUGCUCAGCGCGUCCCCCGGCCUCCCCCCUCAGAGGGGCCCCGAUCGAUACAAACUCGGAGCAAUAAAGCUUUCCCCCUGUCAUCUCUGCAGAAUACAAAGCAGAAUAGAGAGAGGGAGAGAGAAAGAGAGGGGGAGAGAGAAAAAGAGGGAGAGAGAGAGAGAGGUGAAAAGCUGUUCCGCUAGCCAGACCAAUUUCCUAACCCCCCUCCUCCCCCCUCCUCCUCCUCCUUGCUUGCUUCACCACCACCUCCCCAACACACCAUCACCAUCACCACCACCUCUAUCACCCCCUUUCCUUACCUCCUUCAUUUUUUGUAUCUAUCCCUCUUUCACCUCUCUCCCUAAACGCACACUGUAUCCCCCCCUGACUGUAUAAGAGAACAGCUAUCUCUCCAUAAUAAAUACAGCAUGAAUAAAGUAUACAAUAGAUUCCCUGUUUCCCCAACUAUCUCAGAAAAAGCAAGAGAUGAGGGAGGAAAAGUGGCAAAAAUGGUGGAGCGAGUGCACAAGAGGUAAAACAACCAGGGAGCGAAGAAGAAGAUAGAGAAGAAGAGAGAGGAAAGAUAGUUAUAUGUGGGGAUAAAGUGUGAUUGUGUGUGGAAGUGAAGGGGGGAGACAUAAGGGAUAAGGUAAAGAAAAGGUAGGAGUCACAGGGGGGGAGAGGGAUUGCACCCAAAGAAAGAUGGAUGUAGCGAUACAGGUAGAGAGGAGGCGGAGGAAUAUUGAUGAGGAGGAGGAGGAGGAGGUAGAGGAAGAGGCAAAAUGUGAAGGGAUGAGAGAGAGAGAAAAGGAACAGAGAGAGAGAGAGAGGUGAGGGGGUCAAACAGCAAUCCCUUGAAUUGAGAGCCAAUUACUGUAAUUGUAAUCUGGAUUCAAAGCAUUGAGACACCGCAGUGACAGGACACACACACACAGACACACACACACACACAGACACUAAACAGACAAAGGCGAUGUGUUUGUGUGUGUGUUGGGUACAUUUCUACAUGCUGUGCGAUUACAGAUGUGUAUGCAUUUUGUGUGUGUGUGUGUGUGUGACUGUGAAUGUGUGUGAGUCCUUCUCUCCAUUCUUCUCCACUGAAUGGCGGCACAGGAGUCAGCCUGCCAAUCAACUAUUGUACUCUUGUCAAUUUAAUAAUAUUUCUGAGCGCUGACCUCCACACUCACUGCCAUCGCUCUGUAUAUCUGUGUGUGUGUAUUUGUGUGUGUGUGUGUGUUCCUAUAUAUUUCUCUGUCUCUCUUUCACCUCAGUCUAACCCCCACCCCUCCCUCCCCCCUCCAUCUCCCUCCCCCGGUCCCUGUCUCUCAUUCUCUCCUUUAUUAGAAGAAGAUAGUGCGAAUCCUUCAUCUCUCCUCCACUAAUUCUCUCCGUUAUUGUCCCUCCGUUCGGCCCUCCGUCUCCUCACACUUCUUCACUUGUGUUCUCCUUUCCGCUCUCGCCGUCAUCUGUAUUACUCGCUGUAUUUUCUCUUCCUUCCUGCCCUCUCUUGUCAAGCUUUCCCUCAUUCUUUCUCUCACUUUUCGGACCCUUAUCCCUAUCUUUCUUGCUCUGUCUCUCCUCUCUUCCCUCCAUCACUGCAUCCUAACUUUCUCCCUCUCGUCUUCUUUUUUCUGACUCCGAGCCAAGUCUCCCUGCCUCAUAUUCAACACUGUUCCUUUUUGCUUUUUCAUCAUCAUAGGCUCAUUUUGUCAACCCCAUGUCCCCCUCUCAUUCCUCACCCUCCCUGCAUCCUUCCUUCUUUCCUUCCUUAUCCCUCUCUCCCUCCCUCCACUCCGUUCAUUCCCUGGGGAGGUCAGUAAUAAUGGUAGUGAUGGAGUGAGAGAGGGAGGUGCGAUUAUUGUCUUGUCGGGAGUCAGAGGAAUCGAUCGGCCCAGAAAUAUGAGGCGCGAGAAAGAGCCGCUGUGUCAGAUACAAUAACCACCCGCUCCCGGGGGCUUACACACACACAUUUAGACACACACACACACGCAACAUACAGACAGAUACCCAUUUUCGACACCAACAUACACAUUUAUUUGGUUCGACGCAAGUGCAGACACUGACACACGCUCACAUUUGUAGCAUCUUUCUUUUUCAUUAAGGCAAUCCACACACAUCCCUCUUCUUCUUCUUCUUCUUUUCUUCUUCUUCUUCUUCUUCUUCUUCUUCUUCUUCUAUGGUGGAGGACUGUGGGGAGGCAGCCCAAUCAUCUAUAUGCUUUGAUCUGAGACGGAGCAAAGAAGUAGAUCUGUUCUGAUCAUUCUUCAUGCACAGAUAAAGGGCAAGGCGAAGAAAAUCGCUCACACACCUUUCACUCACGUAGCUAUAAACAGACAUAAACACACACAUACACGCGCAUGCUGCACACACACGCUCACACCGAGACCUUUCACUGCUGUUGCCUGGCAACGUGGCCGAGUGUCCAAUCCGAGCGGAGAACAGUGGCCGGUGAUGUCACAGCUGCUGCUGACCAGCAGGUCUGUGAAAGAAAGAGAGGCAGAGGAAGAGGGGAAGAGAAAGUUUAAAUUGGAGGAAGAAAUGGAGGAGGAGGAGGGUUGUAAAAUAAAUAAAAAAAUAAAUAAGGGGAUGAUCAUGAGGAGGAGGAAAAGGUAGAUCAGGUGAGGAGGUGAAAAAGUGGGAAAAAUGAGGGUUUUCCCAUGGUUGAAGUGUUUUGCUUUUGUAUUUUAAUUCGAGUAUGAAACCCGGCACUACACAACAGUUAGUGUAAGUGGACAUCUCAUUCUUAAGUGGCCUUGACACUCCUUGAGCGAUGAAGGCCACCAGUUCCUCCCAGUAGACCCUCCGCUCUUGUGUCAGGUGAAGAGGAAGAAACGGAAGAAGAGGAGGGAGCGAUAGGAGCGAAAAAGAAAAAGAUUUGAGCUUCAACCUUGGUUGCGCCGUGGGAGAGAGCCGUGUCUGUCUAGACAAGCCCGGCUCCCUAUGGGCUGAGAGAUGAUAUAGAGAGAAGGGGAACGGUGUAAGAGAGAGAGAGAGAGAGAGAGAGAGAGGGACGAAGGGGUGGAGGGGCUGGAGGAAAAGGAGCGAUUGAGAGGUAUUAGGACGGGAGAGGAAUAGGUGUUGUAAAGGUGUGGGCGGUUUUGUGUGCGUGUGAGUGAGAUGGUGCGGGUCCCAUGGCAGCCAACAGUGUGAGUGUGUUUUAGCCCCCGCUGCUUCUCAUACAAAACCUCAACCUCUGUAGUCUGCACACUGCUAGACCUACUGUUUAUAAUCCUGCAACUCCUCAUGGGGCUACACUUACACACGCACACACACCCUCACCUAUACAUCAGACUGGAUUUUAAAUCUCACCUUGCAGAAUAGAGUCUUGCAGUCGGACUGGGUGCAGGACUUUGGUGGGUCCAUCACUGAGCCGCUCUCUGUCCCUUCUAUAAGCAGAGGAAUAUGAUGGAUUAUAUGAAUUAGAGCCAGUGUGUGCUCCAGGCCCGAGGCUGCGCUAGAUAUAGGAGGACCCGAGCCGUAGAGGGGAGCUGUACUGGUUUGGAGACCCUUUCAAUUGUCCCUGCAACGACUCAUUGUAUAUACACUCCCCUCCCAGCGUUCUUCACCUAACAACCUUCCUCCUCACCUUUUUAUUCCCGUUUUCCACCUUUAUUCCAAACACUCCUUGCCUUCUUUUUUUGUCUUUACUAUACCCCCCUUUAGCACCCCCUCUAUCCUCUCUUCCUGCCUUUCCUUCUCCCUCCCUGACAGUGGAGUGAUUGAUGGCGCUCUAGAGGCCCCAGCCUCCCCCCAUCCUCCUCCCUGGGGUCCCACUAUCAGAUUCUGUGUGUGUGUAUACGUGUGUGUGUGUGCGUGAGUUGAUGUGUUUCUUUAUUACCCACAAAUAUAACUUCUAGGGGUGACCAAAACCCACUCAUAAACAUAUCUAGUAUUUCCCCCCACAGACUCUGUAAGUUACACAUCCACUCUUUUAUAUAACUUUAAGCAUCCUCGUCCAAAUCGAGAAUUAAUGUUUUUAUGUGAUCUCAGUUUUUAUUUCCACCAUAAUUGAGACAAUUUCAGAGGCUCAAUGUCAUAUAGGCGGUAAGCAGGAGUGUGGUUUGGUCCGGUCACCAAGGUAACCAAGGCUCAGACCUUCUUUGGGCAGGAAGGCCCCCCAUGGCCAUGAACCAUACAACGCACAAUGACAUAUACACACACACAAUCACACACAAUCGCACACUCAAGCACACUCAAGCACCCGCCAUCAGUUGGAGCUGCCCAAACAAAUACGCACUCACUCACACACGCGCGUUGGUAGUUACAUGGGUAGAUUGGAGUUUGAAUAAAGGUCAUGGCCAAAGCCAGGCUGCCCAGACGACCUCUGACCCUGGAGAAACGCCUCCUCUCCAAAACGCAGUCUGUCACUGUCCUCGGUCCGGCCUCAAACACACAUAUGCAGAAACACUUUCAGGGAUGCAGGGACUCUGGAGCGUUGAUGGCCUAAUGAUCAUGUUUUUAGGUUAUAGUCCUCACCGCAGUGAUCAUUGGUUCAAUUCCUGUCUGCAACUUUUUGUUGAACGUCUCCCUUUAUAGUCUCCUCUCCCUGAAUCUUCUAUCCCAUCUAAUCAAUAAUAUACAGUACUCAGCAUAAAUGAGUACACCCCUUUAGAGUCGUCAGAAAACCUUUAGUUUUCUUCAAAAUCAACAUUUUCUAUGUCAGACUACAAAACAAAAUACUCCCCCAAAUGGAGGCCAUUGAUUACAAACAAGAUUUUUUUUAAGUUGCAUACAAAAUUAUAUUUUUUUAAUUUAAAAUUAAGAUGCAAAAAUGAGUACACCGCAAUCAAAGCUUUAGGAGCAAAGCUAAAUUUUAGUGACCAUAUCAGCCUUAUUUUCAUCUAAUGGUUUAAUAAAUGUUAUGUUAAAAUCAGCUUUGUCAAAACUGUGGAAAUUGUACUUUUGCUCAUUUAGAUAUUGAGUAAUACUUUUUAGAGGGGGUGUACUGACUUAUGCUGGGCACUGAACAUGAAAUGUAACUUAAACAAUAGCAGUUGAUAUACAGAUACAGGUAAAUUGGUAUAUCGGUUAAUAAGCAUGACAAAGAGAGGAGGGCAGUGGGUGAAACCAGUUCUGUAACAAAUGGCCAUUCGAGUACUCAGUCGUGCUGUGGUAUUUUUUACAGUAAUUGAUGCACUUUUUAUCUAUGAAAUAGUCUAAAACAUAAAAGAAAUAAAUCAGAUUAUCACAGUGUCCAUGUAUAUAAUAAAAGCAUUUUCUUUUUUCCAUUUUAACACAAACAGGAACCUCCAUGUGCAGUAAACCCUCUUAUUAUUUAAGUUCUGUACAGAUGUAAAUACGACGCAUGCACAGAUCUUGUUUUACACUAAAAGUUUCUUUAUUUUUUAAUUUUUCUCUUUUUGUAUCUACACUAUGCUACUGUAAUUUUGGAAUUUCCCCCUGUGGGACAAAUAAAGGAACAUCUUAUUUUAAACACCAGAAACUAAUUCCUUAUCAUUAAUAAUAAAACAGAAUAUUGUUUUUAAAAAGAACUUCCACAAAAUGAGCCCAUUUAUGAUUAAUAUUUUUUUUUUCCUGCUGGUCCUCUGAAUCAUUAUCUAAACUCUAAGCUCGGCCAUGUAAUCACAAAUAUCCUGCAUAUUGAGCUCAGGAAAGUUACUCUCUCCAUAUUUUCCUUCUUUUUGAGUUCAUUUUAAUGCGUAACCACAGCAGCUUUUUCUACGUGUAAAAGAACAGAUAUAUAAAAAAAAGGCAUGUCUAUAAGUUGAAGCCCUCUCAGCACAGUACUGUAUGCACUUCUCAGCGAGCGCCUCUGCAGCAGUACAUUGGCCUGUUGUAAAUCACCACAUAAAGUAUUUAUAAGGUUAAACUUGGGAACUCUGCUGCCGUUAGCUUUUGAAUUAGUGAACUCGGACCAAGGGAGAAAGACUGUAAAGGAGGGAAGGAGUGAUCAGUGGUCCACCUUGUCUUCUCCCUCCGCAGAUGGAGCUCCUGUGUUCAUCAGGAUCAGAGAAUCAAGAGUGCCACCUUGUGGUUGACUUUGCACACUGUGAGAAUGGCACAUAGGUAUAGGCAGCCUUACAUUUGAAAAAGGAGGCAGUAUUUCUGCUUGGAUGUGCUAUUCUGGGUUUUAUUUUUAGUCUUGAAAUCUUUAACUUUUUUAGCAUUUUCUUUGUCAAUUCCAGUGGGCGACUCUGACAUCAGGUCGCAUGUAUUUGAUCUGCAAUGUUCCACUUUGAUGCCACAUCUUCGCCCCACAUACAGACCUUCUGUGGAGUGUAAGUGUGUGCAGCCCACACUGUAGGUUGGUCAGUGGUGAGUGAGGGUUGUGACUGCGUUUUUCUUUCCUCUCGGUGUCAGAGAGGAGCCGUGACUGGUACAGUAGAUGAUGUCUCACUUAUUCUCUUAUAGGUGCCGACCUCCCUCACAGACCACCUUACACCCACUGAUGUCUCUCUGACAACCCCACAGCCCGGAGUCGACACAGAUAUCACUCAUGACUCAUGGUAGAUAAAAACAGGAAAAGAGAGGUUGUCGAAAUAGCUGAAAGUUGAGGAAAAACUCUGAGAGUCGAGCUUGGAAAGGUUUUAAAGCUACACCAGGUCAUCCGCGGUGCAAAUGUAGCUCACACAGCCAGAAUGUCAAGCGCGCUGUUUUUCUCACAUGUGUGUGAGCGUGUGUGAGUGUCUGUUUCCAGCCACGCCAUCACUUUCCAUCGUCACCCAUCAUCCCCCUCUUUUCUCCUCGUCUAUCUCUGUAAUCUCCUCCCUCACUCACUCCUCCACUCUCUAACCUCUUUCGUGUCCCCCUUUUUUCUUUCUCUCUUUUCUUUCUCUCCUUCUGUUGCUGUUUUAUUUCUCUCUCUCCUCUGAGUUCCUACUCUUUUGAGGCUUACUUCCUGUGUUUCAGGAUGUGGGGUAGGAGGCGGGGCUUAGGGGGUGUGGGCUGUCAUGCAAUUGUAGGAGAGAGCAAGGGAGAGAGAGAUUCUCUCAUAUGAUUUGAAACACUCCUCCUUUUGGUUACAGAGAUAGAGAGAGAGGGACAGUGAGAGUUUUUCCUUUAGGUAGUGUGCUCACACACACACACACAUACACACAGCCACACACACAAACUCUCAAACACAGAUAUGACCAAGACAGCAGCGAUAGCAGCAAAGGACUUCUCCAGUAUGUGGUUGCCAGGUGAGUGACUGUCUGUGCAGCCCUCUCUGUACCGGCCUUCAUUUACUGAGACCAAUUAAGCUGGGCGUGUGUGUGUGUGUGUGUGUGUGUGUGUGUGUGUGUGUUAGAAGAAGAACUGUGUAUACACUGUUGAUUAAUGCCACCGGGUCUAAGAAGCUCUGCUAAUUAGAGAACAUCAAAGAGCGAGAGAUGGGAGGGAGAGAAAGAUGUGGAGGGAUGGAUGGACGCCUGUCACUGACAGAGGGAAAGGUCAGACACCUCGCCAGCCGGGAGUGUAUUUGACUCUAUAUGUGUAUAUAUAUAUAUAUAUGUGAGUGUGUGUGUGUGUGUGCAUCUGUGUUUGGGGGCAAUGAUAAAUGCUAAAAACAUGUGAAGAAAUUACCUAAAAUGUCUUGAAUUGAACAAAUAUUGUUGCAGCUCGUGUGUUUCAUCAGAAUUUCUCAUUAUUUCUGAAGUUGUCUUAGAAAAAAAAAAAAAAACACUUUUUCUUUUAUUGUCCGUCACUGCAGCAGGUUGAUUUUGAGUUCACUUUGUUCAUUUGUAACUGGUUUGGUUUUCUUCACCUCGCCACUUUCAGUCUUAUGUAAACUUUCUGCGUGUGUGCGUGUUUUUGGUGUGUGUCUGCCAGUGUGAAAGUGUUUGUGUACGUGUGUGUGUGCAUGUGUGUGUGUGUGGGCUGCACUGAUUAAUGCUUUUUUGAAACUUUUUUAAAUCACUCCAAAAUUGUGUCUGAAGCUGGACUUUGGAAUUUUCUCGGUUGUAAAAAGUCCAGAUAUUCAAAAGAGGAAAUGGACUAAAAUAAUUUCAAUUCUCAGUAUUUGACGCAAAUAUUCACACAAAGCAGAACAAAAAUACAGCUCCUCUAACCCUGCGGCCUUUUUCUCAGCGCUGAGAGCAGCAUCAGAUUAAGUCUUAAUUAAGCGACAAAGAGUUAUGGUGAAAGCUCAGCAGGAUCAUCACUGACUCAUCAAUUACCAGAACUUAUGUCUGAAAUGUCAAUCAGCUCAGAUUCUUAUCAUUCGAUGUCCUGAUAUGAAGUAUAAAAGUUGUCACUGAUCGACAAUCUUUGAUUGUUUAUCAAGAAGAUGAUUCAGUCGUUACAAAUCAGUGAGUCAAAUCUGAACCUGAUGCGGUCAAUGCCGUGACCUCCAGUAAUUUACUCAGACCAGACUGACACAUCCUGAGCGCAAAACUGCAUCUGACAUAUAUUUGACUUAUUGGGUCACGAUGCAAAAACAAACAAAGGUCUUCUGUGGAUGAAAUGAGUAAAGAAGAGUCGUGGGAAACAAAAACAAAAUGAGUAUAAAUUUGAUAUUAAUAGAUUUGUGUAAGUGAAGCAGAUUUACAACAAUCAAUCUGAAAUACUCUUGUAUAGAAAGGGUGGAUUUAACAGUUCGUCUUUGUGACAAAAUAAACAAGAAAUACAGAUAAAAUCAAGAGUCUUGCCUAAACUGAAAAGCAGCAUUUUUCUCAUUUUUGUUAAUGACUCUAUGGUUUAUAUAGUCGGCUUGCCCUCUGCAUGUGAGAUUUAAAAUAUAUAAAUAUGCUUAGAGUGCAUCAGUGCAGAGUGAAAUUAAAUUUCUUUCUUCACACUUACAAACAAGAUUCUGCACAUGAUUUCUGAGAGUUUCUGCCACAUUUCUGGCAUUUGUCUGUUUUCUUGCAGGCGUUUGAUUGAUUCCAAAGACGUUUAGAGAAGAGGAAUUAAUUUGAAGCAGCAUCAAGUCUCGGGUCUUUUUAUUAAUGUGGAAGAAAGUACAAGCAUAAAGUGAUUUUACUGUAAUGGAACAAUCAAGAGUAUCACAAAUCCAAACUGUCAUGAAAUGUUACACUCUUGAUUAUCAACCUGCGCCUUAACUUCUUUCUGCUUUCUGUCUCUUUUUGUUGGAUUUAACUUGUUAACUCCUUUUCUUGUCAUUUAUUCCUUGAAUGGAUUCAUUCCGUCACCCUCAUGCAGAUGUUUGAAACUACGUAUCCAGAUGUCUCUAUUCUCUCUCUCUUUGAGGUUUACGUUUCACACAGAUAAAAUGUCUUUUACAAUGCUUUUUAUUGUCAUUAUUAUUUUUAGUUUACUCUUAUCAUGACUCUAUAGUUCCCAGACACCCUUUUAAGCGCUGAGGUUGUGUCCUGCUGUCCUUUGUGGGGGGUUGGCAGGGGUGUUAGUUGCAGGGGAGUUUCAUCUCUGCCAAAAUACCCAGAGGAGAAUAACAGAAAGAGCCCAGACUGAGCUUACACUCUGUUGUUCCUUGUUCCUUUCUGUUGCAUCAUUUAUUCAUGACACAGGAUUAUACAGCAUUAAAUUUGCUCUGUUUAAGACACAGUGAGAGUUGUGUGUCUCUACAGCCCCACCGGGUCAUAGAUAAACCCAGAGCUUUGCUUCAAGAUUAGCAUUUGGUGUAACAGAUUAACAAGGGACGAAACACUCAUAGUAAUUCAACCUUCCUCUGUAAAUGGAGUUUUUUUAUUUAACAGUAUCAAAGAAAACAGAGGAGAUCUUCCUCCUUUAUUUGAUUUUUAAUUAUUGACAAAAAUAUGAAAAUGUUGAAAUCAUACGUCUGCGCUUUCUCAAGCAGAAAUAGUUGUGUGUUUGUGCGUGCAGCAGUGUGUCUAAAAGAGAGUGAGGUUUCUAUAAGACAGAGUGAAAGAGAGGGAGAGAGCAGGCUAAUAUUAAUAGCCACGCUGACAGUAAGUGUUGGGUUUAGCACUCUGCGUUCAACCCGGUACAAGGGGAAGUCGGGAGGGGAAGUGAGAAAAAGACACAGCAUCUUGAUAUACUGUCCCACUACUGUAUCACUGACCACAUUAUCCACCAUGCUACUGUCUGUAGGCCAUUUUGAGCCAUGAAUCAAUACACACCUUCUCCUGUGAGCAGGCACUAUACUGUACAAGAGGCAGCGCUCUGGGAACUUCACCUUGCAGCUGUUUUAUGAGAUGGACAAUCAUUUUAUAUGGUGGAUUUGGCUUUGCUCCCCUUAACACUGCACAUAUAACAAAAGAGAAGAGGCCAGUUUAAUUCAAGAUAAUUCAAGACAUGACAUCAUUCAAGUGCAGAUUUAGUGCCUUUCACUGAAAAUUAUGCAAUAAUGGUGAGACCAGUGACACACAGCAGAUGCUGUUUAUACCUUUGGAAAAACCACAAAUCAACCCUAAUAAUACAUUAACCAGACGUUUUGCAUGCACAUGGUCAGCGGCCAAUAUAACUUUUGCAGAAGUCCGUUUAUUUGAAGGAAAUCCUGCGGUUAUUUUGUCAGUGUGUGUGUUUCUGUGCGUGUGAGUGUGUGUGUUUUCCCUGACCCCGGGUUAUAACCACUGCAGCAGUCGAGUUUAGCUUUUCCAGCUCACGCCACUUCCCCCUUUCCGGAAAGAUGCUCUACGCACCCAAGUCCACCCUGUUCACAUGUGUCUUAAAGGGGAGGGGAGAUUUAUAUUUGACUGAAAGAUAUCUGUGAGUGUUUCCUGUCCUCCAGGUCAUAAUAAUUCAAAGUUUAACAGGCUUGAAUUGUAGAUUUUGAAGGUUUUUUUCAUUUCUGGACUAAACCAGACUUAACGCCCUUGUGAUCUUCAUCUCAAGUCUCAUUGCCUUUUUGAUUAAACCCUGAAAUUUUCCUCUAUAAAUGUUCUUCUGGACUGACAGGUUGGUGUUUAAAAACAGGCAUCAGGUCAGCGGUGGUCAGUGGUUCAUGUUUGUCUUCUUCUUUGUGUGUCGCUGCUGCCCCCCAAUGGUGGAACCAAUGCUUGACCACUCGCUUGUUUGUGUUGCAGAGCCAAAAAUGAGAUCUUUAGUUGCCUUUAUUUUCACUGUUUCAUUUCUCAUAUUUAUAUUGAUAAAGAAAAGCAAAAAGGCGAACGUGAUCAUAGCAGUGGGCAGUGGUUGUUUUCUUGUCUACAAAGAGAGAAAACAGGAUGAAGAGGAGGAAGGAGAGGGUGAAAGAAGAGAGAAAAAAGAGGAGGAGGAGGGAGACUGAGAGUUUAUUAUGCAGGUGGCAGAUAUAAUUAGUUGGUCGUUGGGCAGAUUUGCAUGUUUUCACAAAAGGGAAGUAGCUGUGUGUGUGUGUGUGUGUGUGUGUGUGUGUGUGUGUGUGUGUGUGUGUGUGUGUGUGUGUGUGUGUGUGUGUGUGUGUGUCAGUGAGAGAGAGAAAAGGUUUCAACUGGAUAAUAAGCAGUGUUCUUACAGUUUCAGGUUUCAGACAAAUAAGAAAAAGCACUUUUGGUGAGAUGAUGCCAUUUGAGUGAUAAAAAAAUAACUUUGGCAAACACACACACACAACUAAACAAACACAGCUACACACUUUAACAUAAUUCCUCCUCUGAUAAUUGUUCCUUCUUUUCCACACUCCCUGCUGCAGAGUCUUCUCUUCUUUUUGUGAUGAUUAAGUUUUAAAUUUACUGCCUCUUAUCAGCGCCGUAGCCCUAGGUGCCGUCCCAGUUCGGUAUCAACCAGGAAGUGAUGUGGUCGUAAAAAUGGAUUACACACAACUUGUGACAUUUUUAGCGCUAUAUGUCUCCCACGUAAAAAUCUUGAGUUAAAUUUAGAAGCAGCACCUUUCUUCGACCUACUCUUAUGUUAAACCGCUGACUUGGAAAGUAUGAAUGAAUGUGGGCUGCGAGUCGACAUGUGAAUGAUUCAGCCGCACUGUUUUCUGAUACAGUGUGUGUAGGCUCGUGCCAUGACCUGAAAACACUCAGCUCAAAUCUUCACAAACCUGACCAUCCUUUUUCCCCCUUUGUCAUCGAGAUUCUGAUCAGCUGCCGAGUAAACAUUUAUCUUUCUGCUUGGACUGCACUUUCCUUUUCAUCUGACACAGAUUUAAGAAUGAAACUCCACUGACUUAUUUGUCUGUGUGUGUGUGUGUGUUACAGAAAUCAGGAUGUCAAAGCCAGGAGAGGUGGAGAAAGUAGGGGCUGACUCGCCGUUGGAGGGCACAGGUGAGAUACACUGCGAUAUAAAACACUGAAAUAUUAUAAACCACUAUUUGGACGAAUUAAAAGAGUAUAUAAAAGUAAGUUUUAUUAUGAAAGUGUAAUGGCCAGGAUCAAAGUGUCAUUGUUAAUCACAGAGAACAUAUCAAACUUUGACUUGUACAGUAGAGCAGGUGUUUCUCUUGCUUAGAUGGUUUUUGAGGUUUUCACGAGUUGUUGGUAUUGUAUGUUAAAAGUCCUUCAUCGUAUUAUUUUUGCUCUGACACUCGAUCAGUUUCUCACUUUUUCCUUUUCCUCCUACGCAGAUUCAGAGCGGAAUGGACCUGAAUCAAAUCACCAGGUACGUCUGACUCUCAUGUUCAUUACAAAUGUCUUCCAACCACUUUCACCAAUGACUGAUCUGACGAAAACAAGCCGCAGACCGUUUUAGGGUUGAUUACAUCUGCGAUUGUAACGCUUUUUCUUUCAAUUAAACCUUCGGGAAAAUUGUGAAAAAUCUACUUAACAUAAUAUCUGAAGUGGCAGAAGUAAAAAUUCAUGUUGAAUUUUAAAUAUAUUCAAUCGACAAAAAGAAAACAAAGAGCAGCAACAAUAUUCUCAAGUUUGAAGCUGUGAAUUAUUUUAAUUUUUUAGUUUUUACUUAAAACUUGUUGAAAAAAUUUAAAGAUUUCUCUUUAGAAUAAAUCUUCCACUCCCAAAAAAUUGUCCAAUCUUCUCAUACUCAUAUCACAUUUAAAAUGAAAAAUAAAUAGAAAAAAAAAACUAAAUUGAAUUCAGUGAGGAUCAUUUUUGGUUUCGAUUGCUGACUUGAAAUUUCCUCUGUUGUUCCUCUCGCAGGCUCAGUCAAUGAAAGUCAAUCCCUUUCCUCUCUCACCAAACCUGGGCAGCAGCAAGGUGAGUGUGUGUGUGAAUGUGUGUGUGUGUUACUUAACUGCCUGUGCGUGUCUGUGCGUAUGCCUGGGCCUCUGUUUGUGCGUCUUUUGUGUUUUCACAUCACACAAUAGGUUUAUUGACAUGAUAGCUGCCUCAGCUUUAUAUUCAUUGCCUCGCGUUCGAAGUGCUCUUUUGUCACGUUGGACGUUGAGGUUCAUAACGUGUCGACACCCCACCCAGUGCAUCCAGUGUAAACAUAUUUACUGAGGGGAGCUGGGAUACGAUGGCACUCUGCAAACCCACAGAUCUUUCAAAAUCAGGAGAAGAAAAAAAAAAAGCACUAAUAUUACGACUCACCGAAGAAAAAUCGUAUGCAAAUCUUAUGCAAAUCAGUUAGCUGGAAGAGUCCCCCCCAUCACUAGUUCAAACAUGCCCUAUCCAGGGAGAAACGAUCACCCCUUUGUGUAAGAAACAGAAACACUAGUGGGCUUUUCAUUCCCUGAGGCAAACUUGAGACAUUUCUGCUCAGCUUACAUGUGAGUUUUUGUAAGCUGACUUUGACGUUACGCACCAACUUUUGAAAAUCAGGUGAGACUUUGAGGGGAUUUAGUUUCUAUCUGUUUUUAAAAGUAAGUUACUUUGUCAGUAUUUCACUGUCUCUUCAGGGCAGGAAAGCUUUAAUAACCUGUUGCUGCCAGUUUUUUUCUGUAAGGAUUCGGCUCAUUUCUCUUUUCAGUGUUGGCAUGAUGGGAACGCACCAGAAUUUGAUGUGUAUUAAUGUUUCAUGCUUUAUUUUGUUCUUUUUAAAAAUACUAAUCGUCUCUAUCUAUUUUCUGUUUCCCCCACAGAACAAGAUGGAGGAAUGUGGUGAGAUGUCCCCGGCCCUUCCUCUCUCUCACGGCCCGACCCCCUCACAGACGGCUCUGCAACACACACAGCUCAUGCUGACCGGCUCCCAACUUGCAGGGGUGAGAUAAAUUUACGGCAAAUGCACACACACACACACACACACACUCUCUCUCUCACACACACACACUUGCUUUGCUUUUACUCUGCUUGCUUCUCUUGUGCUGCUUUUUGAACACUUUAUACCCUGCUUUAUCUCCCUCUGUUCAUUUCCUUCUUCUCUACUUUAUCUCAAUUUUCUCCUCUUUGCUCCUCUUCUCUUCUUUCUCCUCGCCAGUUGACAGCUCUAUUGCCGGCACAGCAGCAGUUGUUGCUGCAGCAGGCUCAAGCGCAGCUCCUGGCUGCAGCUGUGCAGCAGUCCAGUGCAGCCCACGCCGCUCACGCUGCCCACGCAGCCGCCCAAGCCAAUCAGCAAGCUCAGGCAGCCGCAGCCGCAAAUCAGCAAGCCCAGCAGCAGCAGCAGCAGCAGCAGCAGGUGGGACAGACAGGGCAGCAGGCCCAGCAGCAGUCCCAGGGACAGGGACAGAGCACACAGGACCAGACAGGCCAGAGUGUCCCUGUCCCUCAGCCUCCUCCUCCUCCACCCCAGCUUGCCCUCUCCCAGCCUAUCCAGCUCACAGCCCAGGUACUGCCUGCCAAUCACAGCCACUUCCUGAUGCGCGGCUUGAUUGAGGAACCAGUAUCGAACCAUGGAACAAGUCCUCUUGUGUGUCUAUUGUGUUUUUAAUGAUUCACAGUUUCCACGCUGCAUGAAUGCGCACAUUUUUCCUUUUGUCUUGUCAAAAUUCAUACAAUAACAUGUGGUUCCACCUACGUCCGUCCUGUUCCAACAUCUUUCUCUUAGCUGAGGAAAGUUCACACGUGAAUGCAAGUUUGUGUCGGUGAUCCGCUCGUCUUUUGUCAUGAAGUUUUUAUCCUCUCCCUUUCUAAACUCUGCAUCCUCCCUUGUUAAUCAGGACAUCCAGCAGCUGUUGCAGCUUCAGCAGUUGGUGCUGGUGCCCGGUCACCCGCUCCCAUCUCCCGCCCAGUUCCUCCUCCCACAGGCACAGCAGGGCCAGCAAGGUGGGCUGACCUCUCACUGAAAUAUCUGUUAUAGCUUUGACUGAGAUAAGUUUGUGGAUUUUAAGUUUAAAUCCAUCCUUUUUUACAGCAAGUGUAACUGUAAUGUUUUUUCUUCUUUGAAGGACUCCUAUCGACACCAAAUCUUAUUUCGCUACCUCAGCAAAACCAAGGGAGCCUGCUGUCUGCUCAGUCCAGAAUGGGGCUCCAAGCACAGGUAGGAGGAAACUUUCUCGCUUUAGUCAGUGGAAAAAGAAAACCCUGUCUCCGUCUGUCGUUCUCACUUUCAAUCCUCUGACGUCGUCUCUGCUACAGCGAGAUAAAAGCGUGGAUGUGAGCGGCAGCGGAGGUAUGACCACAGUGCCCUCAGUGACCUCCCACCCUGAGGAGCCCAGUGACCUGGAGGAGCUGGAACAGUUCGCUCGCACUUUCAAACAGAGACGCAUCAAACUGGGCUUCACUCAGGUAGGGCUGGUUGAUUGUUUGGUUUGUGUGUGUGUGUGACGACUAAAUUAGCACUGUGUGUGUUUUGUGUUUGGACUUAUGUGGAAACUGAACUUCCUCCUCUUUUUCUCUGGAACAGGGAGAUGUCGGUUUGGCCAUGGGGAAGCUGUACGGCAAUGACUUCAGUCAGACCACAAUCUCCCGCUUUGAAGCCCUAAACCUGAGCUUUAAGAACAUGUGCAAGCUGAAGCCACUGCUGGAAAAGUGGCUCAAUGAUGCAGGUAAGCUCUCAUGAUGAAAUGAGACCUUGAAUUUCAAUAAAGUUUCUCUUGGUGUUUUAUUUCAUACAAAAGUACAGUGACACAAAGCGCAUAUAGAAAAUAAAAAAGUCAUAUUUGCAAGUACGGUGGAAACCUUUAAGUGGUUUAUAUGAAACCACAACCAAAAGAGAAAUAAGAGAGAGAACACAAAACUACCAAAACAACCUACACAUCAGGCUACCAUCGAUUUCAUCACAUAACAUCAUCUAGUAUCUGAAUAACACAACCUUCAACAUGAUUUUGAAGAGUUUAUAAAACAUUCAACAUGAAUUCUUUUUCUUCUUUUUUGUUCCUCCUUCAUCAGAGACCAUGUCCAUAGACAGCACCCUGCCCAGCCCCAGCUCCUUGUCCUCUCCCUCUCUAGGCUUUGACGGGAUUCCUGGUCGCCGCAGGAAGAAAAGAACCAGCAUCGAGACGAAUGUACGUGUGGCCCUGGAACGCGCAUUCAUGACGGUACGAGGGAAAACCUUGAUGGAAAAACCUUGAUUUUUACUUGUACAGCUAAUCUUUUAUUAUUUACUGACAACUGAAUUGUAAAUGCUGCUCCAUCUCUGUGUUUUUCCUGCAGAACCAGAAGCCUACCUCAGAGGAAAUCCUGCUGAUCGCAGAGCAGCUCAACAUGGAGAAGGAGGUGAUCCGGGUCUGGUUCUGCAACCGCCGGCAGAAAGAGAAACGCAUCAAUCCCUCUAGUGCCACCCCUCCCCUGCCCAGCCAGGCUCCCACUGCCCCACCGACGCACAAACCGCCCUGCUACAGCCCUCACAUGGUAAAUAUCCGAACUUUAUCCACAGCUCUGUUGAUGUCAAAUUGUUGUUGAGCGGCCUGAACUGAAGGAACCCUGAUUAAGUCUCUGUCUUCACGCCAGAUGUCCAGCCAGCUGUCACAAGCCGUGACCAGUCUCAGCAGCACAACGGUGACCACCAUGUCCCCCGUCUGCCCCCUGACCUCCAGCCUCACCUCAACCCACCCUUCCCUCAGCUCCGUUCCCUCUCCAGUGACUCCUCCUCCCCGCAGCACAGCGAGCCCAGCCACUCCCAGCCACAGCACACUCAGCCUGAACACGGGGUGAGAGACCACAACAUUUUACAACACAUAACCUGGGAAUCCCAAAUCCUGCGAUUCACAGCUGGUGUGGUCAGGUCAAAACUUGCUUCACCCAGUUAUCUAAAGAAUAAUAUUUUAGUAUAAAAUUUUUAAAUUGGAGUUGGCCAGUGUUAAAGAUAUUGUCUGUUUUUACACAAGUACACAUGGGCUAUGUUCACACUGCAGGUCAAUUCAGAUUUUUUAACCAUAUGUGACACAUAUCAGAUUUUUUCAUGCAAGUGUGAACAGACAAACUUCACCAUUGUUCGACAACACAAACAGGCGCGGACAGCAAUCUGUGCUUUGUGCGCAUGUGGGUCACUUCACAGACGCAUUCCAUUCACAUUAGAUGCUGCACUCAUUGUUGUAAUUUGAACAAAUGCACAAAAAGAUCGGAUUUAACAAAAAUUCCGAAUUGUGCAUCAUAACCUGCAGUGUAAACGUAGCCAUAGUAACCUCACAACAGUUCUGCAACAAAGACCUGGUGUUGUAUUUACACACUGACCUCCACAGUUACACAACAUUUAUCUUCCACUGUGUGAUUUUGAUUUGCAUUAUGGCAUUGCAAAGUCAUGAGAGGCACAGCAUGGUAACACUCGGUGGAACUUCCACACACACACACAUACACACACACACACACACACAGCAUUGUUCCACCCUGCUGGCUCCAGCAGUUCACACUGCCACCAUCUACUCCAGUUUCGUCUUUGUUACUACCUUUAUCAGCAGAUCAGAGACAGAGAGACUGUGUCAACCAUCGCAGACAAAAAGGAUUAUCAGGGUCAAAGAUAUUUUACCUUGAAAUAACAGUAUGUAAAAGUUUAAUGUCUAAAUUUGAUUCACUGAGAAUUGUACAUGCAAGCCCAUUUCUUUCUUGCAUUUAUCUCUGACCCAGUUUUUCGUCAUUAACACAACUUAUCUGCAAAUUUUCACAUGAACCAGCCAAGACAGAACUAUGAAAGUUUUCCAGGCAAGGCAGUCUGAAAAUAUUUCUCAUUAUCCAAACGUUUAAACAAUUAUUUCCCCUCUCUGUGACAGCAUGGUUGUCUGCCUGCAGUUGAGUUGGCUGAUCAAAAAAAAACACCACAGCUUCACUACACAGUGGAACAAUUCAUCCAAGCUUUGCUCUUGGUUUUCUACCUCAACUCCAUUAGUGUUGGGAUGAACUGAAUCCAGUUUGAGAUGUGGUUUAAAUUUGAAUUUCAAAUUCAUCUUUGUUUAGAAAAACAAAGUUAGUUAAAUAAAAUAUCCCCCCUGAAUCAUCAUUCUUAACCCAGAGGAUAUAUGUGGUGUGUUAUCUAUCUCACAGAGGCCAGGUGAUACUGCCGCCUCGGUCCUCUGAUGUGAACAGACGUGAACCUAACAUGUUUUUUAAUAGAUGCUUGAGGACUUAUCAAACAUAAGCAUUUGCCGGCCUGUGAGUGAGGGGAGUUAGCAGAAGUGGUUGUGACGGUGCAUGGGCAUAUAGCGGGGACAUGCAUCAGGCAGGAAGAGGCGCAACUUCAGCUGCUCGCCAAAUCCAGCACAUUAGAGAACAACUGCUGUGAAGCAAUCGGAAAAUAACUUCUCAUUCUUCAGCUGCGCCGCGUUGUUCACUAAACUCGAGCUCUCUUACUGUAUCACUUUCUCACUUUCAUUUGCUCAUGGUUGAAAAUAUGAAUGUGGAUUUUUUUUUUGUGCUUUGUAUCUCUGUUUGCUUCUUUAUACCUACUAUGUAACUGGGUGAACUGGCCCUUUAAGUGCUGAAGCUGUUUGUUUUUUUAACCUUUUUCUAUCUGUGUAAGCCGUCACAAGUGAUUGAAUUUAGGCAACACUUUUAAACAAAGAUAACAAAAACACACAAAUAGUACUAAGAAAACAACACAUUACUCUGCUCUGUUCACCUGCAGUUUGUAGUUAAACUCACACACACACUGUAACUGUUUUUACACUCACACACUGAUAUCUCGACAAGCUAAUCGGGGACACUGCUCUUCUUUUUGCGGCAGUGCUUUUUAACCCUGUGUGUGUCUGUAUGUGUGUGGUUCUUGUGUUCACAGCUUAUGGCGUAUGGGUAAAAAGAACGGUGACGUGUCUAACUACAUCACCGAUUUUGCUGCAAACUUGAGGUGAAUACAACCGAGACGCUCACAUACACACACACACUCACAGAGUACAUUACAGUCUUUGUCAAAGCAGAAUGAUACUGUCUGGUAUGAAAGUUUUUGUGUUUUAUAACAAAUGUUUGAUAUUCUCCAUGUUUUUCCACAUGUCUAACCUCUCGUUUUAACCAGUACAGCAAACUCUCAGCUAACUACCUCUCUGUUCAUGCACGGGGCUGGAUUUACCCUCUGCUCGUCCUUGCUGCUAAACCUGCUUUUUCUCUCUCACCUUUUCUCCUCUGCCUGUCUGUGUCUGCGUAUAUGCUCACACAUGUAUGUUGCUGUGUGUGUGUGUUUGUGUUUGUGUGUGACACAACAGGAACACUGUGAUGGGAGUUAACACAGGGAUGAACCAAGCCCUCCUCGGUAACAAUCCCCUGGCUACUAUCCAAGGUGUGUGUGUGUGUGUGAAAGAAAGAGACACGCUGAAAUGGGUUUAUUUCUGCAGAGGGUAAAAAGAGACACAACAUUUGGCAUCAGCAUCACAGAUAAGCAGAGUAUAAUUCUGGAGGUCAUAGCAGAGGUGAAGGGUGGCGUCGCGAUUUAAGUUUUCGGGAAAUAAAACAGCUUAUUCAGGUCACAAAACAAACAUUUUCUCUUUUAAAUUAGAGAUUUCUAUCAACCCUACUGUCCUCGAAAUUCCUAGCAAUACACUGUACACGACACUUACCUCUCAUACACACCCUGACGCUUUCACACAACACAGAAAUAGCGCCAAAAUCCUGCAGAAAUGACCAACACACAGUCCCAAACACCGUCAGCAGAGCUAAUUCUUCAUCAUACUCUGAAACCUGAGGAUGAGGAGGCACAGAGAGAGACGCAUUAAAAAGAGAAGUGCGAUGAUGAGUAAUACAGUCAUGCAUGGUAGGUGAAUCAAAUUGCACUGGGAGACUGCAGGUUGGAGAUACGGGUGAUCAGGCAGUGGAGUGUUAUUGCUCAUCCACAGCGUGAAGCAGCUGAAAGACAAGAGGAAUGACUUAUUUCUCACAUGUCGCCACUGACAUUCAUUCAUCCAUCCCAUCAUGCAUGUGUAUGUGUGUGUGUGUGUGUGUGUGAUCAUGGCUACGUUAUGCGUGGGCUACAUUUUUGCAUGUGCGUGUGUGUCAUCUAACUCAUCUUGAGCCUUUCGUCUUUCUAUUUUGUCAUCAUUCAAGUUUUGUUAGUAAUACCAGCCAGUGUUUUAACCUUUUGGAGAUUUUUUUUCUAACACUUCAUUUUCAGAAGCUGUUAAUUUUGUGUAAAUAUAUGCAUGCCUAAUAUUCAUGACGCAGAAAUAAUCAACUUCAAAUGUCGUUUUCUGCCUCAGAAUCAGAAUCAGUCGCCUUUUGUUGUCACCAUUUCACACUAUUAUUGAAGCUCAACACUCAACACUGAGAGACGAAUCUCUCAGGAGGCAAAAAUGUCAGUUUCCUCAGCAGAAGUAGCCUGCUCAGUGCUCUUUAUCCGCUGAAAAAGAAAACUCGAAUGGAACAUUUUUUAGCUGUUACUAUGCAGUCAAAAAUAUAAAGUGCACAAAGGCCAUUCACAGCCAAUCAACCUUGUUUCCAUAACAACAGACCACUCUUGCUCGCUUACCUGUUGCACUGCUGUAUCUAAACAAGAGCGUGUUACGUCAGCUAAACGGUUAAAUGCAAUCACCCUAAUCACCUGGGAAUCACUUCACUUUGAGGUCAAUAAAUUCUUCAUAUUUUUUCCCUGUGGUGAUCGAAAAAACACACAAAAAAGAUGUUGUAGCCCUUUAAUAUCUGACACCACAAAUUAUGGCCAUAAAAUUCAGAUUUUUUUGGAGCUGAAAUUUUUAUUUCACUUACUACUGAAAACCCCAAAAAUCUAAAUGUCCUUAAAAUUUAACAAAUAUAUUUAUUUAUCUCGUUUGAUGCAUUAGAUGUUUUUGGAAACUGAUAAACCACAAGAGGACAUUUUUAUCAUUUAUCAGACUGUAUUCAUGUGUAUUUUAAAUAAAUAGUUGAUCGUAUUGAUUUAUUUUUUUAUUUUUUUAUUUCCUUUUUAUUUUUUAAAGAGGGACAGUGUGCACUAAUGAACAUUUUAAAAAGAUAAAAUGUAAAUGGACCCAAUUGUAGCCACAAGGCUAGUUUCCAUUGGUAGUCCCCCUGCCAGAAGGAACAUGGCUACCUAUAAAGGUGGGAAUUUGAUAGAAGUCUUUAAAAGUAUGUCCUAAAUAUGAUACAAAAGGUAUAAAAGGAUUAAGGUUGUGCUGGUUAAAAGUGGUACAUAAACACACCAGGACAGGUAUUUGGACUGUAAUUUGUAAGAGGAGGGGGCCGCGGCAAAAGGCUAGCGGUGCUAGCUCUGCUGUUGUUUGCCACGCUCUAAGAAUAGUUUUGACCUUGUUUCCUACAGACAGUGAUUUCAGAUAGCUGGGAUUAAUAUAAAAACAUAACAGAAAUAAACAAAAAUGGAAUAAAUGAAAAAAAAUUAUAGUAAAUCAGGUUUUAAUGAUAAAAUAUUAAAAACUCAUGAGCAGCGUGACAAAAAAUUGCACCAAUGGCUUUGCUUUUUUAACAUUUUUUAGAGGAAUAGGGAAGAUAAUUUCACGUGACACAUCUACUCAGAAGAAAAAACAGGUCAAACAAAACACAUACAUGUGUGACAGAUGUGUGUAAGGAUUCUGAAAUACCGUAAUACUUGUAAUACUGUAAUCGUGAAAUACUUAUUAAGUUUUCCUGUGUUUUCUUGUCUCCUCAGCCCUAGCAGCCAGUGGUGGCCAGCUGCCUCUUUCCAGUCUUGAGGGGGCCAGCAAAGUGAUGCUGGGGGCCUCAGGGGGCCAAACAGGCCUCCCCUCCUCCCUCUUCCUCAACCACCCAGCCCUCCUCCACAUGGGUCAGAACCCCGGUGCUGGACUCCUCAGCGCCGCUGUAGCCAAAGCCUCUCAGCCCUCCCCUUUCCCGUCCGCCAGCAGCAUCAGCCCCACCCCCUGCUCCCCGUCUCCCUGUUCAAGCCCCGCCUCUUCCUGCUCCUCCAGCGAAAUGGCACAUAGCCCGCCCUCUCUGGGCGGAGCCAAGAUUGAGUGA